AGCCAUUUUGGCUCAAGGGUGCCCCUGCGCCCCACCGGAGCGGGGCGCGAGCCACCACCAUCAAACAGCAACUCCCCACAGCCUACGAGGCUCGCAGCAGGACAUGAUGCUGCGGGCGAUCAGCAGCCGAUGCCGGCCCCGCCUAUGCCGGUCGGCCAUGACCCAGGUGCUCUCCGAGCCCAUGGUGUGGAACCAGGCCCCAGCCCUGUCCACCACCCUGCCCAACGGCGUGCGCGUUGUCACCAAGGAGGGCUUCGGAGAGCUGGCCAGCGUGGGGGUCUUCCUGGACGCGGGCGUGCGCGACGAGACCAAGGACACCGUCGGCGCCACGCACCUCCUCGAGCAGCUGACGCUGACCGGCACCACAAAGAGGCCCGCCUCCGCCCUCGAGAGUGAGAUCGAGGGCAUGGGCGCGACGCUGAGCACCAGCUUCGGGCGCGAGCAGUCGUCCCUGACCAUGUCGUGCUUCGGCAAGGACGUGCAGCAGAGCGUCGGCAUCCUCGCCGACCUCGUGACGGCGCCGGCGGUGGGCAACCUGGACAAGCAGAUGGCGGGGAUCCUGCGCGGCCUCGAGGAGGGGUCGGAGUCCGCGCGCGCCGUCAUCGACGACAGGCUCCACACCUGCGCGUUCCGCGACUACUCGCUCGGCUUCUCCACCAUCGGCCCCUACGACGGCGUGGAGGCGCUGAAGCCGGCGCACGUGGGCUCGUACGUCCAGCAGAACUGGACCGCGGACAAGACGGUCAUUUGCGCCACUGGCGGCGUGAAGCACGCCGACAUGGUGGCCAAGGUGACGGAGGCAUUCGGGGGCAUGAAGGCAUGCUCCACGCCGGCCAAGGCCACCACGAAGCCGUACUUCUGCGGGGCCGAGCUCCUCUACCGCAACGACGAGAUGGGCCCGACGGCCUACAUCGGCGUGGGCUGGGAGAGCGUCCCCUGGAGGAGCCCCGACGCGGUCACGUUCAUGGUCAUGGCGUCGAUCAUCGGCAGCUACAAGAAGAACGCGGGGUUGGUGCCAGGCAAUAUCUCGGGCAACCGGGUGGUGAAUGCCGUGGCCAACAAGAUGCAGGUCGGCUGUGCGAACGAGUUCGAGGCCUUCGCCCACUUCUACAAGGACACGGGCAUGUUCGGCUUCUACGUCGAGUGCGACGAGGUUGCCGUGGAACACGCUGUGGGCGAGCUCAUGUUCGGCAUGAACCUGCUGUCCUUCAGCGUCACCGAGGAGGAGGUCGCGCGCGGCCAGCGCGAGCUGAAGAACGCGCUCUGCAGCGCCACGAACUCCACGGAGUCGGCGUGCGCCAACCUGGGCAAGGAGAUCCUGGCCUACGGCCGCAGCAUCCCCCUGGCGGAGAUGUUCCUCCGCAUCGAGGCGGUCGACGCCGAGGACGUCAAGCGCGUGGCGUGGAAGUACCUCAACGACAACGAGGUCGCGGCGACCGGGCUCGGGCCACUCCACGGCAUGCCGCAGUACUACGACCUGAGGCGCGCCACCUGCAUGCACCGCUACUGAGCGCGCGGCUGCAGCGGAGACCGGCACGGCUUUCCGGCCGGGCGCGACAGUCGGAGGAGGGUCGGUCAAGACAGCGGGCCUGCUGCUUGUCCGUGCUUGUUGGGCCUCCUGCAGAGGCUCCUCGUCGCCGCGGCGGCACCCGCCCCCGCAAGCACGUGGCGGAAGGAAGCCCGGAGUAGGAGGGGAGGAGAGGUGCCGCUUCGUGCGCUCUUCUCCGACUGCUCCCCAGGGCCAGGGCCGAUGAUCCCCAGGGCGCGCCUCCGCCCAGGGUGUGCUUGCCCCAGGGAGCUCCGCCGACAGCGGGCGGCCCUCGUGACACCACCCGCGUCGCCUUCCAGGGCCUCGGUGGACACGCUCCGAGGAUCAUCGGCCGGGGCGCGCGCGAGCGGCGCGCGGCUGCAGAGAUCCAGCUCGGGGAGCCCGGGCGCGGGCGCGGCCCAGGCCCAGCUGCCGCUCCCCCCCCCCGCCAGGGGGGGUCAGCCGGCUGGCGGAGCGCGGGCGUCGGGCACGAGGAAAGAAUCGACGGCCCUCGCCCCUCCUGCGCAGUGGGGCGCACCUGAGAUUAUUUGUUCACUGCCGCACUGCUGUCACCCGCGCACUACAGGGAUCCCCUAAGCGGCGGCAUGAAGCGCGGCUGAGGCAGCCACGUCCUCCUUGCAUCGCGGCUUCCACGCAGUCUCGGCGAAGUCAUCUGACUCGCGUGUCCUCCUCA